GAGAUGGGGAGGAGGGAGAGAGCGAGUGCGUGAAAGAUAAAAGAUCGAUGGCUAGCCAGUCGGUACAGUCGCCACACACCUGGCGAUAUCAGCAGCAGGCGAAGCAAGACGAGAGAAAAGGGCAGAGCCAGCAGAAACAGAAACAACAGAAGCAGAAGCUGCAGCAGCGGUGGUGGGAGAAGUUGUGGGCGAGCGAGAACGAGAGAGAGAGAGAAAGGGAGACCGGCAGUAGAGAAGGAAUUAGCGGCUGGUGGUGUCUACCGUCGCUGCUGCUGCUGAUGAUGCUGCUGCGAAGCGCGAGACAACAUCGGAGGCAGAUCGAAGGUCCCGCGAGACGUCAAAGUCUCGUCCUCCUCCCUUCUCUCUCUCACUCACUCUCUCACACAUUGUUCCGGUGUGGGCUGCCCCAGCCGGAAGGCAGCGUGCCAGAAGACAGCAAGAGGCGCUAAAACUUGUGUUCGACAUUUGUCCUCGCCGUGGCUUCUCCUUCUGGUUCUCGCUGUUUUCUGCCAUAAAGUCGGAAAUUUCACAAACAAUCCGCGUGGAGGAGGCAUCCUCGUCUGACAUGUGAGAGAGGUUUCCCAAAAUAAACAUCCCCACAGCAACUUCCGCUUCUCCAGUUUGGAAACAGGCAAGAAAUAUCGUUUCUGUCAACAACCAUGUUUGAAUUUAACUUUGCAGCUGGGUGUACUUGACUGGAAAAAAUUGUUUUACGAAAAACAACAAAAAACGAGAAAACUAAGAAAAGGUUCUGAAGGAGGAACCAGUGAGGACUGCUCAUACUUCAAGGGUAUCAUCCAUCGAUUCCAAAUAUUAUACAAAACAUGUUUCUAGUCUCAAGUUCUGAUCACAGCUGGACCAGGUUGACAACAGCACAAGGGACCCAUCAACGGUAAGCAACAACAACGACGACGACAACAACAUUAUUCGUCCUCUUGCGUGAUCAAAAUAAGACAUUGAUGACAGCAACGAAGUGUUUGCUAACACUUUUUAAAAAAUAAUUUUCACUUUGGACAGGAAGUGGUUCACACCUCCACAGAUUCCCCGCGUCUGGCCAGCAUCUCCGCCCACCUGGGAGGCGUUGGAUAGUAAAGUCGCAGACGUCCUCUUCCGGUAGAAGCAAGAACAUCUCUCUCUCUCCUCAAUUUCUUUCUCUCUAGAUAUCGCGACCGUCCUUUCUCGUCCCUGGCGCCAGCGUCCGCACAGGCAUCAUGACGAGGACAAUUGAUUUUACAAGUUGUGUCGAAAGAGGAACAAGGUGUCGGGUGGCUCCCGGUGAGCUCACGGGUGUCUGAUUCGUCGGGCCCAGGGAGCCGCGCCGCUGCAGCAGCAGCCAAGAGGCUGACGGGAAGCCACGAGCGUGGGACGCGUGGAAAUUGCUGUCACAGAUUGCCGCGAGUGGAGGGAUGGAGUGAGGCACGGAUCGCAUCUCAAGCGGGCUGAGCAGUUGUGGUUUACGUCUUGGAGAGAAUACCACCAUUACUGCUACUGAUUGCAGAAGGCUUACUGUGGGUUUGCUGCGACUGGCUGAGAUCACAGUAAGGUCUUCGUUUUGGAAGACUGGGCAUAUUUCGUCUGUUGUUGCAUCGGUCGUCUGCUCCCAGCAUCAGGAUAAGAAGACGAGACCCUCACGUGUUUCCAACUGAGUGCAUCUGGACAGCUCUCUCAAGGCCACAGGUAUAUGAUCCCAGGAAAGGCUUCCAAGACCAAAAAGCCUUGAAAAACUAGAAUCUUCCUGGUCAUCGAGUUCGAAUCUCUUCAGCGCUGAUUUUUCUCUGAUCAUUGUCGUUUGCGAGAGGAUACUCCUAACGGCGGUUGCCUGUUUGAUGUCCGUGUUGAAGGCUGAUGAUACACAAUCUCUUGAGCAUCCCUGCGCCAACCUCACGGACAGACUCAAUCUGAGAUGAUUAUACCCUCAAGACAGUGAUGCUUUUAUUGUCUCUGAUGUUUGAAGCCAUGGGAAAUGGUGUAUCGGACCUACGACAAAUGCGAAACGACAAGGAACAACAGUAAUUUGGAAUUCAUGUUUGGACAAUAUUGAGUUUGACAUUCGAGCUUUCGUACACUCAAAAAGGAAAAUAUUCUGACAAUACUCUUUCUCUAAAUACUACAAUCUUGUCUGGAAGUAGUUCAAUAAUUUUUGUCAAAAGCUCGGAUGUCAAAAGAUUUGUUUUUAAGUGUCAGAUUUCCUUUUGGAAUUCACAAAAUAUUUUCGGGCGAAUCUUGCAGUGAAGACUGCUUAAUGUAGGUUGAAUUUUGGACUAUCCUUUCUAAGAAAAGAUCUUGUGUCUGACCUUUACACCUAGAACAUCUCUCCUUCACAGAACUGCCAACACGAAGACCGUCCAGGGAUGUGGGUUGAAGACUCGCGACUGAUGAAUAUUUUUGUGAGUGAGAGAGUCAACCUGAGCUGACUGGUACCGACACCAGAAAGACUGCCAACCCUGCUUUCCUUGCGCGUGGAGCCACCCGCGGGAGUGGCGGGUAGCCAUGUGCAGUCAGCCAUGACCAAGGCACCGCUGGUGCCCAUCGACCCGGGUCGGGAUGACAUGACGGCGGCCUCGGUGGCCACGGCCGUGACCUUAGGACUGCUGACCCUGGUGACCCUGGCUGGCAACCUGCUGGUGUUCGCGGCGGUGGCCAGCGACAAGAAGCUGCGGACGGUCAGCAACCUCUUCAUUGUGUCGCUGUCGCUGGCGGACCUGUUGGUGGGCACGGUGGUGAUGGUGCCGGCCACUCUCAGCGAGGUGUGUCAGCGCUGGGUUCUGGGCGCCACCUUCUGUCCAGUGUGGGCCUCCUUCGAUGUCAUGUUGUGUUCAGCUUCAGUUCUCAACGUCUGCCUCAUCAGCUUCGACCGCUACCUGUCCAUCAUGACGCCGCUUCGCUACAACGCCCUCAUGACCACGAGGCGUGCCGGGCUGCUGCUGCUGCUGGCCUGGUCCAUCGCCGUGGCCUCCUCCUUCGUCCCCAUCACCAACGGGUGGCACAACCCGGACCACAACACCCUGCAUAACCUGACGGCCAACGGCCAAGUGCCGCAGUGCGUGCUGCGCGUCAGCCUUCCCUACGCGUUGUCCGCCUCGUUCGUCACCAUCCUCCUUCCCAUAAUCAUCGCUUUCAUCCUCUACUGUCGAGUGUCGGCGGAGGCCAAGCGCCAGGCCCUGUUCGUGCGUUCUCUCAUUGCUCCCUCACGAGUGCUUCUGGGCCAGGAGUUGACCAACUCCAGCAUCCGGGAACCUUUCACCCGCAAGGCCACCGUCACCCUCGGCGUUAUCGUCGGGGCCUACGUGGUCACGUGGACGCCGUUCCUCGUCACGAACGUCAUCGACGCGCAGUGUCGCUGCGUGCCGACCAAGAUCUUCGGCGCCUUCGUGUGGCUGGGCUACUGCAACUCCCUUAUUAACCCCAUCAUCUACCCCCUUCUGAUGCGAGACUUCCGGAAGGUGUACAUUGCGCAUGUACGAGCCUGCUGCCCCAGCGUCGCCUUUCCCUUUUUCCGGAAGUCGACUAAACACGAAGGGAUGAAGCAGACCGCCAUGAACUGCCAUCGUCACAACAACCCUCUUCACCAUCAACAACAACACCACCACCACGUUGACAGAAAUCACCUCCACAGCGGCUCUUGCACGAAGACUUAAAAGAGCACGUGGGGAGGGGGUAAAGGGUUGCUGGGGGGAGAGAACUGUGUCGUUGACAAGGGCCGUAACGCAGAGGAUUGAUUUUUGCAGCGUUUCAAUGGCGUGGCCAUUCACACUAUCACGUUCCAGGAUUAAGGGGCUGGCUUCCUCGAGUGCGUAAGUGAUCCCCGGAUGUUCGACAAUUUUUAGUUAAAGUCUGUGGUAUCGACUGGGCACCAGAGAAUAUUUAUACAAUUAAAAACAUUGGUCGUAGACAUUAUCAAUGUUUAUGGCAUACGUGCAUUUAUACCGAGAGUCAAAAUGCGAUACUUUUUGUUUUCGUUUCAGUCCCACCCUUCUCCCACCUCCAUUAAGCGACUUCCUUCUCUCCUUCCCACUCUUCUUAUCGAUCCUUCCUUCAGAACUUCUUUCUUUUGUCCGUUAUCCGAUGUAGACGCCUGAAAGGAGCAGACAAUGAUCGCACACGCCCACACACAUCCACACUCCAUACCUUCCAACACAGGUCUCCUUGCACACAGACCUUUUCCCCAACUACACUUGGUCCCAUGUAUCUACAUAAACAUAAUUUGUUUAUAGAAUAAACAACCAUCUCCGACAGAGAUCUCGAAAAAAAAUACAUGUCUGGUGUAUGUAAAUGUCUAUGUCUUUGUUGACUUGUUUUUUUUUUUUAUUUCUUCAGCUCAUUCUUUUUCAAUCUAUUUAAAUCGCCCUUCUUGUAUCUCAUUUUACUUUAGUCUGUCCAAAUUGUUCUCUCGUUUGGCUCAUCGAAUCAAAUUGUCCUUCUGUAUGGCUCAUUCUGUUUAGUCUAAUCAAAUCUGUCUUAUCUGUUUAGUCCAUUCGUUCUUCGCUAUGGCUCUUCCUGCUUCAUUCCGUUGCACCUCUUCUUGUAAGGCUCAUUCUGAUUGGUCUAAUCAAAUUGUCCUUUCCAAUGGCUCCUCUUGUUUCAAUCUCUUCAGACUGUCCUUUAAUUAGCUUCUGAACGUGCUUCAACGCUAGUGACUGCUAUUUCCUUCAACUUCCUUUUGU